CCGGGAUGCGGCCCGAGAGGACCUUGCGAUGCUGCUCGAGGACCACAGACAUCGUUCGUGGCGGUGCUAAGGGUUCAGAUAGGCUAUUGCAGGUGAUUUUUGCAUGGCUAAAAGGAAGGGAGACCUCGGGCACGAAAAUGUCAAGUAUGGAACAGGAGGCCUUACAAUACGUUCUCGCAAGAUCUGGAACGCCAUUCCAUCCUUUCCAGAUCAUAUCUCCUGGCCUUCGUUCCUCGCGGCUUGCAACAAUCGACAAAGACCAUUUCUCCAAAGACAACUUAAAAGAGGUGUUUGAUUGUCCACUGUUUGUUUGUCUUUAUCUUUAUCUGUGUGGAUUCUUUUAUCCGGUUGAUAGGUCUCCAUCCAUCCAUCGCGAAUACCUACUAGCUCACUCCCGAUUCCUCAUCCAUCGCCGGGAUGGAAUUCGAAGCGGUGAGACCCAAGUACUCUCCGCCGCUCCAAUCGCUACACCUUCUCCAGGUUCAUGUGUUUUUCAGGCAUGGCGAUCGAUCGCCCACGCCGGCUUUUGGGAAUUCCAACCCGGAGGUGUGGAGCAGCAGGCUCGAGGCAGUGCCACCGCUGCUCCAGCCCCAGAAUUACCAGUACCAAGAGCGCCCCUUCGGACACCUCACGAGGAAAGGAGCCGAGCAAGCGAGAGGGCUGGGAGCUUGGAUCAAGGACGCAUAUCUGGAGGAGCUCGGCGUUGAUACCAGCCAGCCGGAUUCUUUUUUGCGGGUGCGCUCAACCAACUUUCUAAGAACACACAUGACGGCUUGGUUUGUGCUUGAAGCGCUCCUCGGCUCGGGCGAGCUAGCAGCGUCUGUUCCAAUCUGCAUCUCCGAGGAUCGUCUGGAAAACUUGUAUCACAACGAUCACUGUGCACGCUUGGCCAAGCUCUGGAGAGCCUCUUUGAGCAGAAAAAGGCAAGCUGAGGUUCGUCCCGAUGGUACUGUGCAAGAAACUGGAUGGUGUGACCAGUUUGAGGACAUUCGUUUUUCCUUCUCUAAGCACCUGGAUUUACCUCAAGGAAAGAGAUUUCCAUGGGUUCUGGCUGCUGAUGUUGUUCACUGCGCACUAGCUCACGGAGAUCCUGUCCCGGAUAAUUUUACAGUCGAAAAACUAUGCGAGAUUCGAGAUUUCCUUGCUCAAGAUUACGUGAGCUCAUUUCAGGACAGAGAAAUCUGCGAGCUCUCAAUGGGAAGAUUGCUCCGAGAAGUCGUGAGUUCUAUGGAGAACCACAGAGACACACCCUCAUUGUAUUUAUAUUCUGGCCACGAUGCAACUCUCGUGCCACUCUCUGUUGCCUUGGGUCGACCAUGGCAAAGCUGGCCAUCUUACGCAGCAUCCAUUUCCAUCGAGCUAUGGCGCUCCUUGGAAGAUAGCAACCAGCAUUUCGUCCGUGUUCUCUACGAUGGCGUUGCGGUUCCCUUGCCUGUGGAGUUGGAAGGCAUCGAACAAACUUGGAAGCCCGAGCAGCAAAACACAAUCAAGUCGAGCAAGAAAACCCUGUUUACGCUCCAGGAAUUUGUCAAGCUCGCUGGCUGGACGAUGCUCAGCGAUGCCGAGUUCCAGAACAAGUGCCAGUGCAUCUGAAGAACAAGUUCAUUCGAAUUCUUUCCAAGGACAAAGUUGGAAGAAAAUAAAACAGAGCAUUUUUUACCA